UUGGUGUGUGCAGUGGCAGUGGCCAACGGUACCAAAACCUAAGAGUCACAGUGAUUUCAACUGCAACUGCAACUGGAACUGGAACUGGAACUGGAACUGGAACUGCACUUUCCUGUUGGUACCACAACUCUAACGUAAAACAAAUUCUGUCCGUGCUUGUCGGAAUCCCAUCUCGAAAUCGACAUCGACAUCGACAUCGAAUAUCAGUCUCGGCCGAUGGGAAUCAGACAACGACAGGCCAACGAGUCAACCCCCCCAAAAAGCAAAGCAAAGCAAUAUUUUCUUUGAAUUGAGAACAAACGCUUAUUUUGCAUCUUAUUGUACUGAAUAACUGGUCGCAGCCUUCUCUUUAGACUCUUGGAAGUCUGCUGACCGCCAUGCCGCUGAUCAAUGGGCAAAAGAUGGCCUGUGAGCCAUGCAUUCGGGGCCACCGAUCAACAACAUGCAACCACGCCAGUGAGCGUGUCAUGGUUCCUGUUCGCAAACCUGGCAGGCCGCUGAAUGAAUGCCCCCAUCCGCGUGGCAGCAACUGUGAAUGCAGAGACCUCACUGUUGCUAUCCCUCGCAAGAGGAAAUGCGAGUGCGCUGGCGACAAGUCUGCAGCCCCGAAAACCUCAAUCACUCAGACCUCUGCCGAAGCCUCCCGUCCCGGAAGUGCGACGCCUGUUAAAGAGCAACCGAGUGAGGUAUCAUCAUGUUGUCAGCCCAAGGCCCAGGUUCAUGCCGCCUCACCAGCAAACAUCCCCCUAGGCUCAACCGUAUCCAUCCCAAUGGUGCCGGCGCCCGCUCCCGUCCCCAACCCAGCGACUCAAACGCCGCUGACGCCGUUAAAUGGCACUGGUGCACCUCAAUGGAACACAACCUGGAACUUGAACUUCACUUCUCUGAACCAAGCCCCGAUUGGCUAUCCAUUCCAGGGCUUUGCGGGUUCCUCCCCUCAGACGCCACAGCCUCCGUUGGUGAACCAAACGAUACAAACUACUCAGCCCUCACAACCAGCGCACUCAAUGCUUCCAGGACCCAAGAAGAGCGACUCAGACGAUGAGGCUGAGGGAAGGACGUCUGGCGAAGACACAAGCUCCUCUAGUACAAAUGAUGAAGUUCCGGCUCGAUCAAGCUGCUGCUCGACGCGGUCAGGUAGCACUACGCAAUUUGCCCCCAGUCCUGGUACUACCUCGCCUGAGUCCAGUGCUUCCUCCUACGCCGGUCACUCCCGGUCGAGUUCAAAGUCAAGGACGACGCCAAGAUUGAGAAUGGACAGACAAAAUACAUCCUCGCGGAACGGGGCAAUCCCACAAACAAUACCAGAUACGGCCAACCGAAACCCCUUUCCAGUCAUGGUACAGAGCCCGGUGUCACAAAUGUCUAUGCAACCAAUCACAGCGCAUCCUCCAGCAUGCACAAACUGUGGCCAUAAUCAACCCGCCAUGCUGAUCUACCUGCCAUUUGGUGCUUUAGCACAGCCGGUGGGGUUUGCAGGCACAGGAGGUCCUGUAUACGUCGUACAGCAACCGCCACCCAUGAACGUGGCACCGCCUCCAGAGUAUCCCAGACAACCACCCGUCACAGCCAUCACAGUACCAAUGGGCGGCUGCGCUAGUGAUACGACUGGCUUGGGUACUAUCCACGAGUGCAAUUGUGGUCCGGGUUGUGAAUGUAUUGGCUGCAUAGCCCAUCCCUUCAAUGCCGCGACGCAGGAAUACAUCCGCUCUGCCCAGAACGCUUACGAGGACUUUGGCACGCCAUAUCAAAGCCUGUCUGAGAUAGAUGCUGCAGCCGUGCCAACUUCACAGUCCAUCGCCAACCUGACCUUGAGUCCCGAGCAGAUAUUAGCUCCCGAAGACUUCUUUUUCGUGGAUUAUUCGUCCACACGUGGGGCAUACCCAGUAUAAGUAUGCAGCAGACGAUGAGGAAACGACUGAGAAAGCUCGGCCCGCAGAGCUUUUAUUCCCAAUCCAACACAGCUCCAUUAGUAGCUGGCAGGUAUACCGCAGUCAAACUACGGGCAUGAGGUUUCCUCCCCUCGUUGCCUGGAGAUGUUCCGUUUUCUGAAGUGUGGAUUGGACUUUCG